AUGGAUCAAGCUGACCAUGUUUCCAAUCCAGCAAGCCCUUAUUAUCUGCACCCAGGUGAGAACCCUGGACUCACCCUUAUAACUCAAACUCUGAACGAAAACAACUAUUCUUCCUGGAGCAGGAGCAUGAAGAGAGCCCUGCUGUCCAAGAACAAGGUGAAGUUUAUCGAUGGCACCAUUGAAAAACCUCAGAAGACUGAUGCUGUUUAUGAUGCCUGGGAGAGGUGCAACAUGAUGAUUUUAUCAUGGAUAACGAAGACACUAUCACCACACAUUGUUGAAAGUGUGAUUUACGUUGAAGAAGCUAAAGAUUUGUGGGAGGAGCUAAAAGAGAGGUUUUCCAAGGGAGAUUACUUCAAGAUCUCUGACUUGUUGCAAGAUAUACAUUCAAUCAGACAAGGUGAGAGGGGAGUAAGUCAAUUUUUUACCGAUCUAAAAAUCAUGUGGGAAGAACUAGAGUCUUUAAGACCUAUACCUACAUGCACAUGUCCCACACCUUGUUGUUGUAAUCUAUCCAAAGUUUCUUUAAGGUACAGGGAAGUCAAGCAUGUAAUAUGUUUUCUUAAGGGAUUAAAUGAUUCCUAUAGCACCGUGAGGACACAAAUCUUGUUGAUGGAUCCCUUGCCUAAUGUCAAUCGGGUCUUCUCGCUUAUCAUCCAACAAGAAAGACAGGACAAACAGACCCCUACAGAGACAAAGAUUCUGGCUAACACUGGUGAAAGAAAUGGUCAAUGGAGACCUGAUCAGAAUUGGAAAAACCAAGGGAGAGGCUCUGGAUUUCGUGGUCAAGGUAGAGGCAGAGGAAGAAAUUCUAAUUACGGAAAACAAUGUUCAUAUUGCAACAAAAUGAACCAUACAAUUGACGAGUGCUACUCUAAACAUGGCUAUCCUCCCUGGUAUAAGAAAGAAGAAAAAAGGAGCGACUGGACAAAUGUCAAUGCCUGUCAAAGCAGUAAUGAACCAGAGGGUGUUUAG